AGAUCCAAUCUAAACACCUGGAUCCUUCUCCUGCUGCAACUUUCUGAAGGUGUCAGGUAUAAAUAGCACAACAAGGGGAGGGGACCUCUCAUAAUAAACUUGGACACUGAAGAAGAGAGGAUGGACGUGUGUGACCUUCUCAAUUGGUGAUUGCCUGCGGACUUAUCCUUGGACUUCAUUGCAGCUGAGAUCGAGCCUCUGAGGUACUGGGAUCCAGCCUGAGAUACUGGGAUCCAGCCUGAAAUACUGGCUCACGCUUUUUCUUGAGGGUAGAUUACUGGAGAGAACUCUUUGGAAUUCUGGUGGCACUGGGACAUCUGAAGAUUCCAAGGAUGUAUCAAAGUCUAGCAAUGUCUGCAAACCAUGCCCCACCGUCUUAUGAAGGGGCUGGUAGCUUCAUGCACAGCCCUGCUACCUCCUCUCCUGUGUAUGUACCCACCUCUAGGGUCUCAUCCAUGAUACCCAGCCUUCCCUAUCUUCAGACCGGCGGCUCCUCUCAACAAGCCAGCCCAGUGUCUGGCCACAAUAUGUGGGCGCAGGCUGGAGCAGAGUCUUCUCCUUACAAUCAAGGAUCUUCUCACACACCGGUAUCUCCCAGGUUCUCCUUCUCCUCCAGUCCUCCCAUCUCAGCACCCCCCAGCCGGGAGGUGUCUUACAGCAGCCCCCUGGCUCUAUCAGCUAAUGGCAGGGAGCAGUACAGCAGGGGGCUCAGUGCCACCUACUCCAGUCCUUACCCUGCCUAUGUUACCCCUGAUAUGGGUGCUGCUUGGACUACUGCCCCCUUCGACAGCACCAUGCUUCACAGCCUGCAGAACAGGGGAGGUGCAGGCACCCCAAGACACCCCAACAUAGAGUUCUUCGAUGACUUCUCAGAGGGGCGAGAAUGUGUCAACUGCGGAGCGAUGUCAACCCCUCUGUGGAGGAGAGAUGGUACCGGCCAUUAUCUAUGCAACGCCUGCGGACUGUACCACAAGAUGAACGGAAUCAACCGCCCAUUGAUCAAGCCCCAGAGAAGACUAGUAAGUAACAUGUCAGCCUCACGCCGCGUCGGCCUGUCCUGUGCCAACUGCCAUACAACAACAACUACGCUUUGGCGCCGAAACGCAGAGGGGGAGCCAGUUUGUAACGCUUGCGGACUCUACAUGAAGCUGCACGGGGUCCCCAGACCACUGGCAAUGAAAAAAGAAGGAAUUCAGACAAGAAAACGUAAACCGAAGAAUCUCAGCAAGUCAAAAGCUUCAGGGUCUAGUGGCAGCGAUAACCUCACUCCAUCCACCAGCUCAGCCAACUCCAGCGCAGCGGAAGAAAUGCGUCCCAUAAAGAUUGAACCCGGAUUGUCUCCUCCUUAUGGACACUCUAGCUCCAUAUCCCAGACGCAAUCUUUAUCCGCAAUCACAAGUCACGGGUCGUCCAUUCAUCACAUGGCAGGCCUAAAGCUCUCUCCUCAAAGCCACCAUUCGACCAUCAACACAUCUCCUCCAGCAAACUCCAAGCACGACUCCUGGAACAACUUAGUCCUAGCAUAAAACCUCUUCACGGCCAGUGCAUUUCACCUCCUAACUUCACCUGAAGACUAGAAGCCAAGGAGAAAGCAAUUCUAUAUUAUGAACUCCUUUCUAACCCAGAGAUGUUAUUAAGAAAGUGAAGAAGAUUAAAAAAAAAAACAA